GACAUUGCUCAAAUUAAGUGAGCCACACAACUCCUAAUCACUCUCUAACGCUCCUUUAAUUUCCUUCUUGAGUUUGUGCAAGAUUUUGCAUUUGUUUCAUCAAUUUAGGAACUCAUUCUAAAGGAGGGAAAAUACAAAAUUACAAAUGAAUAUGGGAGAUACCAACAACGUUGUUUCAUCAAAGCACCAAGUGUUCGACCUUUCUGUCAAUGUCAAUGAAUCCAAAUGCUUUGACGAUGAUGGCCGUCUCAAAAGAACUGGGAGUGUCUGGACAGCAAGUGCUCAUAUCAUAACAGCUGUAAUUGGUUCAGGAGUUUUGUCUUUGGCUUGGGCAGUAGCUCAGCUUGGUUGGAUUGCUGGUCCUAUUGUUAUGCUUUUGUUCUCUUUUAUUACUUAUUACACCUCUGCUCUUCUUUCCGAUUGCUACCGCUCUGGUGAUCCCGUUUCUGGCAAGAGAAACUAUACUUAUAUGGAUGCUGUACAAGCCAAUCUUGGUGGUCUCCAAGUCAAGAUUUGUGGAUGGAUUCAGUAUGUGAAUCUGUUUGGAGUUGCUAUUGGAUACACAAUUGCAUCUUCAAUUAGCAUGAUGGCUAUUAAAAGAUCAGAUUGUUUUCAUAAACAUGGUCAUAAAGCACCUUGUCUCGUACCAAGCACUCCAUACAUGAUCAUGUUUGGAGUAAUAGAAAUCGUUUUCUCACAAAUCCCAGAUUUUGAUCAGAUUUGGUGGCUCUCAAUUGUUGCUGCUGUCAUGUCCUUCACUUACUCUACUAUUGGUCUAGGCUUAGGAAUUGCUCAAGUGGCAGAAACUGGAAAAAUUGGAGGAAGUCUUACUGGAAUUAGCAUUGGAACUGUGACUGAAAUGGAAAAGAUUUGGAAAACUUUCCAAGCACUUGGAGCUAUUGCUUUUGCCUAUUCCUACUCCCUCAUCCUUAUUGAGAUUCAGGAUACACUCAAAUCCCCACCAUCAGAAGCCAAGACAAUGAAAAAUGCAACUCUAAUUAGUGUAGCAGUAACAACACUUUUCUACAUGCUUUGUGGCUGCUUUGGCUAUGCAGCAUUUGGAGACCUUGCUCCUGGAAACUUAUUAACCGGUUUCGGAUUCUACAACCCUUAUUGGCUACUCGAUAUAGCCAACGUAGCCAUCGUCGUACACCUUGUAGGUGCAUACCAAGUUUACUGCCAACCUCUUUUCGCCUUCAUUGAAAAAACAGCAGCAGAAUGGUACCCUAACAGUAAAUUCAUCACCAAGGAUAUUAGUUUCUCGCUCCCGGGCUAUAAAUCCUACAACCUCAACCUUUUCCGACUAGUAUGGAGGACGAUUUUCGUCAUCAUCACCACGGUUAUCUCUAUGCUAUUGCCAUUCUUCAACGACAUCGUUGGAAUCCUUGGAGCAUUUGGAUUUUGGCCUUUGACUGUUUAUUUUCCAGUGGAAAUGUACAUUGUACAAAAGAAGAUACCAAAAUGGAGCACAAAAUGGCUCAGUCUUCAAAUACUCAGUGUUGCUUGCCUUAUUAUCUCAAUUGCUGCAGCUGCUGGUUCUUUUGCUGGUGUUGUAUCUGAUCUACAAGUUUACAAGCCUUUCAAGACUAGUUACUGAUAAUGAUUGUUGUUGAUGUUCAUAACCAAACAAGGCCCAAGAAGGCCCUGACUAGCUAGCAAGUUGCUAUUUUUCAGUUUGUAGUUUUUAAUGUGUUUUUUAAGUACCAUUAAAAAAAAAAAAAAAAAAAAAAAGGAAGUCCUUCUAUGUAUUUAUGUGGGUAGUUUGAAAGGGCAAAAGAAAAAUUGUAAUAUCUCAACUUUGAAUCUUGUAGUCCAUGUUUUACUGACAAAAUUGAAAUCUGAAACUGUAGCCAUUGUCUCCAUUUAUUCAA